AAUGAAAGUAUUUCGUUACAUGAAGCACGUACUGUUCUGAUACCAUUUCAGUUGGAGUCCAAGUCCUGUUAAUGCAGAUUUUAGACUCAAAUCAUGGAAACUGACUCACAGACGCCCCUGGAGGUGGCAGCUCUCGGAAGACCCUUCCAGCUGGGGAUGUUGUAUGAUUGCCGUAAAGAUUGUCUCAUUCCAGGAAUUACAAUGUGGGAUCUUGAAGACCUUAGAAAAGACUCAGAUGAAAGAAUUCAGCACAACACAGAAUUUGAUGUCAUUGCAUCUGAUUCUGUAGAGGAUAAGGCAUGUGCUCUGGAUGUUGAUGCUUCACUAAAAGCGAGUUUCGUAGGGGGACUGGUUGAAGUAGGUGGAUCUGCCAAGUAUCUUAAGGACACAAAGGCUUCAAAAAAACAGGCACGUGUCACGUUGAAGUAUAAAACAACUACAACGUUCAUGCAGCUGUCUAUGAGUCACCUUGGACGAGGAAAUGUUAAACACCCAUAUGUGUUUGAGAAGGGAAUAGCGACACACGUGGUAACAGCAGUGCUGUACGGUGCUCAGGCAUUUUUCGUUUUUGAUCGAGAAGUUUCAGAAACCGAGGACCAGCAAAACAUUGAGGGGAAUCUGCAAGUGAUGAUUAAGAAAAUACCAAAAUUGUCAGUCGAAGGGGAGGCUUCCUUAGAGCUGACAGACACUGACAAAACUGCUGAUGAAAAGUUGUCUUGUAAAUUCUAUGGGGAUUUCGCUCUCAAACAGACCCCUGUUUCCUUCCAGGAUGCUGUAAAAAUAUACAGAACACUUCCAGGUCUGCUGGGUGAAAAGGGGGAAAACGCUGUGCCAGUCAGGGUGUGGUUACUCCCCCUGGAAAUCUUAGAUUCUUCUGCUGCCAGAUUAGUGCGUCAAAUCAGUGUCAGAUUAAUAAAUGAAACACAGAGCUUGAUAGAGGACUUCAGUGAAAUAGAAAUGCAAUGCAAUGAUAUUAUGAAGAGAAAGGUUAUUUCAUACUUUCCUGAGAUUGGACGAAAGGUAAAAUCCUUCAAGGACAUGUGCUUGGAGUACAAAUCAGUUUUUCAGAGAUCUUUGUCAAGCAUUUUACCAUCAAUUCGUGGAGGUGGAACAGAGGAAUGUGUGCUUGCAAACAUCCUAACAAAGAAGGAACAGUCUCCUUUCAAUAGCAAUAAACUUAAGGAAUGGCUGGACUGCAAAGAGCAAGAAAUCAACCUGCUCCAAACAUACACUGAUAUGAUGGAAGACACAAAAAUUCUGGCAUCAAAGAGUGAGCUUCAAAGUGAAAUCUUGAAAAAUAGAGAUAAGAAUGUACUGUGUUUUGCAUUAACAUCACUGGGUGAAGAGGAGCCGUAUCUGUCCUGCUUACGGUGUCACUUAAAGGCUCUUUCAACUGCAAAGCUAAGAGAACCAACAGAAGAAGAUGGGAAGGAUGUUGAGACAAGUGAGUUUUACUUCUCAGAUGCAGUGUUGGAGAAAAUGAACGAACAAGCAAUCCUCUUCAUGGAUUUCGCAAAGGCAAACAAGGAGAACAAGAAAACACACUUUAUAUUAGCAUCCAUACCUAACGAUAAGUACAAAGGGGCAAGUAUUUACCUUUACACAGAUGGGAUGAAACAAAGUGACCAUUUUGAGCCUCCGUCAAAACCAGGAAGACCAAAUGCAUCUGACGUCACUCAUGACAGUGUGACAAUAAAGAUGAAUCAUCCCCAGUAUGGAUCCAGUGAAAUCACACACUACCUGGUUGAAUACUGUGCUAAUGAGUCAGAUGUCUGGCAAUUUUUUGAGGUUUCCAAAUCUAACCUGGAAUGUACUGUGUCUGGACUGCUUCCCCACACAGGCUACAGGGUCAGAUACAAGGCAGUGUGUCCAGCAGGUGUCAGUCUAGCCAGUGAAGCUGAGAGCAUUAAAACUUUGCCCACAAGUCCUCCUGGGAAGCCAAAACAGACAUAUGUAGGCUCAGAUGACAUUGUAGUUUCUUGGACAAAACCUGAUUCAAUUGGCUGUGGUGUCAGGAUUGAAGACUAUGCUGUUGAAUACAGAACUGAAACAAAUGAAAAUAAGGCAGACUGGGAAAAAAAGACUAGUAAAGGUGAGGUCUAUAAAAUGACUGGGUUACAGCCAGAUACAGCAUAUUAUAUUAGAAUUACAUGCAAUUGUGGUGAAUCUGGUCAAAGCAAAGAAAGUCUGACAGUCUCAAUUUCAACAUCGUCAGGAACCACAACACUAGCUGAACAGAUAAAACAAAGGAGUGAAUGUCUUUGCCAAGGGGUCCCCUCUGUGUACAAGGUUCCGCUGCAGGAGAUACCCACAAACUUAGAUGGAUGCAAGAGAUAUGCUUUCGGCAAAAAGAACAUCAGUGAACAUCGAACCAUUAUGGUCGUUGGGGCAACUGGAGCAGGAAAAUCAACCCUAAUAAACGGAAUGAUCAACUAUAUUCUGGGUGUUAAGUGGGAAGAUGAUUUCCGAUUCAAAUUAAUUGAUGAGGGGACUUCAAAAUCACAAGGAAAGAGUCAAACAUCCCUUAUCGCUGCCUAUGAAAUUAACUAUCAAGAGAUAUAUAACAUACACAACUCCAUCACUAUCAUCGACACCCCCGGUUUUGGUGACACAAGGGGAACAGAGAGAGACAGAGCAAUCACUGAACAGAUCCGGACAUUUUUCACCUCCGACAGCGGCAUCAGCGCUAUAGAUGCCGUCUGCUUCGUAACUCAGGCCUCACUGGCACGACUAACACCUGCACAGAAAUAUGUGUUUGACUCCAUCCUUUCCAUUUUUGGUAAAGACAUAGCAGAUAAUAUCCAGAUGCUUGUGACAUUUGCAGAUGGACAGAAGCCCCCAGUCCUAGAGGCCAUAAACAUGUCUGGUGUUCCAUGCCCUAAAACAAAAAACGGGAUUCCUGUUCACUUCAAAUUCAACAAUUCAGCACUGUUUGCAGACAAUUCUAAUUCUGUCAAUAGUGAUGAUGAAAAUGAGGAAGACGGUGAUGACAACUUUGACAAGAUGUUCUGGAGAAUGGGUGUGAAGAGCAUGAAGAAGUUUUUUGUUUCUUUAACAUGUAUGAAAACUGUGAAAACCAAGAGCUUGAGGCUAACUACAGAAGUCCUCAAAGAGCGCAAAAAGCUGGAAACUGCAGUCACUGGUCUGCAACCACAGAUCCGAGCUGGUUUAGCAAAACUGGAUGAAAUCAAAAGGACACAACAAAUAAUUCAGGAACAUGAAGCAGAAAUCAAUACAAAUAAAAACUUUGAAUUUGAAGUCGAGGUGACAAAGCCAGUUCAGGUUAGCAUAAAAGGAUCUGGACAGUAUAUAACCAACUGUCAGCAGUGUUUUGUCACCUGCCACUAUCCUUGUACUAUUUCAGAUGAUAAGGAUAAGGCACGUUGCGCUGCCAUGAACUCCAAAGGAAACUGCACAGUGUGUGCUGGCAAAUGUCGCUGGUAUGUGCAUUUUAACCAGAAGUACAGAUGGGAAUAUAAAAAGGUGAAAGAGAGGAGAACAUCUGAAGAGCUUAAAGCGAAGUAUGAGCAAGCAUUUGGUAAGAAAAUAUCAGCUGAAGAGAUAAUUAAAACACAAGAGGAAGAAAUUCAGUAUCUUCAAGAUAUAGUACUGCAACUAAUGGAAACAUCGCAAAGGUGUUUAGCUCGACUGCAGGAAAUCGCGUUAAAGCCCAACCCACUUUCCACACCAGAAUACAUAGAUCUGCUGAUUAAGAGUGAAAAGGCAGAAGCUAAACCUGGAUUCCUGCAGCGAAUUCAGUCACUUGAAGCUAUGAAAGAACAAGCAGUGAUCAUACAAAAGGUCAUCAAUAACGAAGAACUUUCACCAUUCGAGGCAAGGAUGUAUAAGGCAAAAACAGUAAGACAAGAACAAAAGGCAUUGUUUGGUAAGACAAUCAAAGGCUUCAUCUCCUUCUUCACAAAGUGAAAACGUAUGACUUUCAAACAUUGCAAUCAUGAAUGAUAUUUCAGUGAAAAUAGAAUUUCAAAAGACGAGAAAAUUUCCGUUGUCAGCCACAUAAAAUUAUGGCUGCCACAUCUUUCAUUGAUUCCUCGAUUCUGUACUGCUGCUUACAUUAUAAAGUUAUGAUGUGGUGGCAGGUUGUCUUUUCUGCUAAAAUUGUUUCAGUUAUACUAAUAGUAAAAGCCCUGCUGUUUUGGUGAACAACUGAAGGAAAAUUAAUUUAUUUAUAUGGGCACCUGAACCAAAAACCAUCUCAUUCUUAAUGAGGGAGGCAGGCUUGGAUUUCCUUUUAAACAAUCACUGACAGUCAUGAAUCAGAAACCUUAAAAUUGAGUUGUAAGGGUGGGGGUGUUUGAGUUUAUGUUUUAUUUGUGAUAUCUUGGGAAUGUGAAAACCAGUUUCAAAUCUAAAAUGUUCCUUUGUCAGAAGAAUUUGUAUGUAAUGGGUGAGUUUUUGUUUUUUAAUUUGUUUCUCUUAAUAGCUGAACUUACUGUAGAACGUUGUAUUGGAUUUAAAUUUGAUAGGAGAUGUAUUUACCUUAGUCUAUAUCAGUGUGAGAGUCAUCCGAUAUACUAUGCUUUCAGUACAAUAAAAAUUAAUGCUGAAUGAAUGGUGCUGCAUACAAGAAACUACUGUCUCUUAAAAUGAAUUUUAAACUAUGAUGAUUUUACUUAUGAAUAUUUUUCAACACAAACACGGGGGGGAACAUACAAAUUUCACAUGUGCAUGGAGCCAGGGGCAGAAGCCAUUGUGCUGUCUUGGUUAUGUGAACAGGAUUAUACAGCACAUGUAAUAAGAGUUAUACAGUGCAUGUAAUAAAGGUUAUACAGUGCAUGUAAUAAAGGUUAUACAGUGCAUGUAAUAAGGGUUAACCCUCUAGCCAGACGACGUGCAACAAGCAGAUGCUGCUAAGGUUUGCAACAGAAGGAAGGGAUUCGCCUUCCUUCGAGUUCACCAAAAGUUCACGGCUGGCUAUUUGAAAAAGCCAAGUGGAGAUGGUCGUGCUACAAUUAUGUUCAGCCAAGGAACCAAACAGUAAAGGAGAUGAUUGACAAACUAAUCAUCUAGGGGUGUGGAUCAAGGGAGAAAACAACGAUGGGGAAUGGUUGAGGGAAUGAUGAUGCUUAAGAGACGAGAUCUUAAAUCUUCCUAUAAGUGCAUGUAAAACAAGUAAAUAUAUCUGCACGUACCUAUAUGUUCAUUGGGUAUCGUGGCUCCCUGACCUUCCCACAAUAAAGAGUUUGCGUUACCAACCAUUCAUUAAAAAGGCUUUAAAUUACUACAUUUCAUAAUCAGAUUACUAGACCCAGAAAUGUUCAAGUUAUGUGGAGAUAGAAGAAAGUGCCUCAAACACACGUAUGGAUGAGACUUCUGUGAUCUUCGGAGAUUGCAAGAUUCAGCACAGCAAGGACGGAAUGCUGUGUGCUGCAUAAAGAAGGGAUUUUACUUAAACAGCUACUUAAACAGUUACUCUUCACAGUAUAUAGGAGGCUACAUAUUAACACCAGAUACAAAGGUCUGACAUACUGCUUUUUAAUGGUGAGAUUUAUUAUAAACUCUUAUUCCUGGCA